UAGAUACACAUUCCGUUCAUUCUACAAACCCUAUCUGCUUUCUUAACACGCCAUGGAUAAUCUCUUCUCUCUCCUCUUCAUCUUCUCUCUUCUCGCCGUCACCUCAUCUGUAUUCGCCGACGAUGUCGUCGGCGGCGACGAUUUCUUGAUUCGGCAGGUAGUCGAUGAUAACGAGUUGUUAAACGAUGAACAUCAUUUUAGUCUAUUCAAAACCAAGUUUGGAAAGUCGUAUGCUACUGCGGAGGAACACGAUUAUCGAUUGUCGGUCUUCAAGUCUAACUUGCGCCGAGCUAAACGACACCAGAGUUUGGACCCAUCUGCGGUCCAUGGUGUCACUCAGUUCUCUGAUUUGACAUCUGCUGAGUUCCGGCAGAAUUAUCUCGGUUUAAAGAGGUUGAAACUUCCAUCCGAUGCUAAUAAGGCGCCGAUCCUUCCUACUAAAGAUCUUCCUGAGGAUUUAGAUUGGAGAGAUCAUGGAGCUGUUACUCCUGUUAAAAAUCAGGGUUCUUGUGGAUCUUGUUGGUCAUUUAGCACAACCGGUGCUUUGGAAGGUGCACAUUUUCUCUCAACAGGGAAGCUAGUGAGUCUUAGCGAACAACAGCUUGUCGAUUGUGACCAUGAGUGUGACCCAGAGGAGGCAGGAUCUUGUGACUCUGGUUGUAGGGGUGGGUUGAUGAACAGUGCAUUUGAGUAUGCGUUCAAGAAUGGAGGGCUUAUGCGUGAGAAAGACUAUCCUUACACUGGAAAAGAUGGAGGAGCGUGCAAAUUCGACAAGAAAAAGAUUGCUGCUUCUGUAGCCAACUUCAGUGUGGUCUCUCUGGAUGAGGAUCAAAUUGCUGCAAAUCUUGUUAAGAAUGGUCCUCUUGCAGUGGCUAUCAAUGCAGUUUACAUGCAGACAUAUAUUGGGGGUGUGUCAUGCCCAUAUAUAUGUUCAAAGAGGCUAGACCAUGGUGUGCUGUUGGUUGGAUAUGGUUCGUCUGGCUAUGCACCCAUCAGAAUGAAGGAGAAGCCAUAUUGGAUUAUAAAGAACUCUUGGGGAGAGAAUUGGGGUGAAGGGGGUUACUACAAAAUCUGUCGUGGACGCAACGUAUGUGGUGUGGACUCGUUGGUUUCGACUGUUGCUGCUGUUCAUUCUACCGCAACCACACAGUAAGUAUGUGGGAGUGUUGCAGGCUACUAUUAUUGCCCCUACUGCUGGUAGUGUACAUAAAAAAGAAGAAAAAAUGAAAAGGCAGUAGUUUUAUUAGUAAGUGUUAUUGACAAAGCUAAUUCAAGAAAGAAACACACACACCAUGAUUUAUGAUGGAUUUGGGUGAGUGUCUUCUGUCUUGUAGCAUGAAAUGUCUCUAUUUAUGAUUAUUUCUUAUUUCAGUUGUGACAAAACACCAUCUAUGCUGUCCUUUUUAAUCUGGCUGAAUGUUGUGAAACAAGAAAUGUCUUGUUCUUAUGUUAAUUUCUCUGUUUAUG